UUUUUCCCUAUUGGUCCACCAUUCCGUUCCUUUCCCCACCUACGCGGGCCAAGUAGCCACCGCAGCCUAAACCCCUCCUCACCCCCGCCGCCGGCGCCGACAUGGCCGUCCACCACCUCCUCCGCCGCGGGGUCUCCGGCGGGUCCCCGCUCCACCAGCUCCGCGGCCGCCUCCUCGCCUCCCAGGAGCUCGGGUGGCGUCAGUUGAGCUCGGCAGCGGCGGGGGAAGCGGCAGCCGAGCUGAGGGGCGCGCGGGAGGACGUCAAGCAGCUGCUCAAGACCACCUCCUGCCAUCCCAUCCUGGUUCGAUUGGGGUGGCAUGAUGCUGGUACCUAUGACAAGAACAUUGCAGAGUGGCCCAAGUGCGGCGGAGCUAAUGGUAGCUUGAGAUUUGAAAUCGAGUUAAAGCAUGGGGCUAAUGCUGGUCUUGUGAAUGCUUUGAAGCUGGUCCAGCCGAUCAAGGAUAAGUUUUCAGGUGUCACAUAUGCAGAUCUGUUUCAGCUUGCCAGCGCCACAGCCAUUGAGGAAGCAGGUGGCCCCAAAAUUCCCAUGAUCUAUGGAAGGGUUGACAUUACGGCCCCUGAACAAUGCCCACCAGAGGGGAGGCUUCCUGCUGCUGGCCCACCUUCACCCGCGGAACAUUUACGUGAAGUAUUUUAUAGAAUGGGCCUGAACGACAAGGAAAUUGUUGCACUGUCAGGAGCUCAUACACUUGGACGGGCAAGACCAGAGCGUAGUGGCUGGGGAAAACCAGAAACAAAAUACACUAAAGAUGGACCUGGUGCACCUGGGGGGCAGUCUUGGACAUCUCAGUGGCUCAAGUUUGACAACAGCUAUUUCAAGGAUGUCAGAGAAAGGCGGGAUCAAGACCUUCUAGUUCUGCCUACCGAUGCUGUGCUAUUUGAGGACUCCUCAUUCAAGGUCUAUGCUGAAAAAUAUGCCGAGGACCAGGAUGCUUUUUUCAAGGACUACGCUGAAGCUCAUGCUAAAUUAAGCAAUCUUGGGGCAAAGUUUGACCCACCAAAGGGUAUCUCACUUGAGUAGUUAUAGCAUCGGCUGCAGUUGAAAUGCAUUUGGCGAGCAAACAAAACAAGGAUCUGUUAAUUGUGAGCAACCAUAUUCGAAGACUUUGCUCACAGAACUUGUUCUGGUUGUACGAGGGCUCCAUUUCGACUCACUGAUUAAAGAAGUUGUUGUUCCCAGCAUGUCCAUUUUGAGUUGUGUGCUGUACUAGGAAUAAAAGCAGCAUCAGUCAACACUGUUUUGGAUGUUGCAUGGUACUGCAUUGAGCUUACCCAAAAAAUCAGGUUCCCACAGAAUUGAAGCAAUUAUUUUCCUUCUGCGUGACCUGUUUAUCAUUUAGGCAAAGUUACAUGUGUACUCUGCGGCACUCAA